AUGUCACUGCUUACCCUUACAUCCUUGUCAGGCUUACUUUCCCUCUUAUCUACGGUAGCAGCUGACCCAUUCUUCGUCGUCCAACAUGGUAAUGCGGUAGUCACCUCGCGUCGUGAUCCUAUCAUAUCCCCUGGUGGGAUCUCAGAGCAUGUUCACUCAAUAGUCGGUUCAUCAUCUUUCAAAUCUUCUUACGAAUAUCAAAAUUCUGUCUGUGGUAAAUGUACUUCUGCGAACGUUAAUGUCGAUAAGAGUAACUAUUGGGUUCCUCAAUUGUAUAGGAAAUUAGGAGAGGGGCAAUUAGAGCUGGUCAAGAUGAAUAGGGUUAACACCUCCGGUCCUACCGAACAGAUGUACGAAUUCCCAAAAGGAAUGAAAAUGCUAGCCGGUAACCCAUUCCGAAAUACCUUUGAUGCAAAUGAUCCAGCUCAGGAAGCAGUGGAAUAUGUCUGUCUGGGUACAGAUGACACACCUAUGAAUGCUUUUCCCGAAAGGAGUUGCCCCGAUGAUUUGAGAGCACAAGUAACGUUUCCUAAUUGUUGGGAUGGUCAGAAUCCGUGGUUGGAAGGAAGCAAGCACGUUUCAUACCCUGCUUCAGGUCGAUUCGACGCCGGUGGACCAUGUCCCUCAACUCAUCCUUAUAGGAUCCCGACCUUAUUCUUUGAAUAUCAUUUUAAUGAUAAAUACGAUUACACGCCUGGUGCCAGAGUAUGGGCCCAAGGUGAUGAUAUAGGCUAUGGGUUCCAUGGCGACUUCACCAUGGGUUGGCCAGAAGGACUAUUCACCGAGAUAGUCAACGCCGGCGAAUCUUGUGCGGUCCUGUUCGAAGUGGGCAAAUGCCCACCUCUGGCACAGUACUUCACGGGUGUAGGCGGUGGGCCUUGUCAGCCUGAUGAUCCCAGCGUGGUCGUCAAUGAGGAGAUAGGACUAACAGGUCCAGUAGCGAAACUACCAGGAGAUAAUCCAAUUUGGAACGGUGGGACUGCACCGAAUAAAUCAGGUAGUAGUGGUGGUAGUGGCAGCGCAGCUACAUCUGCCAAUUCUGCGGCUGGCAAUAAUCCCGUACCUGGUUCUGGUUCUUCUUCCGCUGUUGGUGCUGCCGCAAGCUCACCGGCAGCGGCAGUAGCUGUACCGCCCACAGGGUCCAGUACCACUCCGGCUCCUCUAGCGAGUAGCGCGUCAACGUCUGUUCCUACUCCGGGUGCUACGACAUCCAGUAAACAUGGAGGAUGGGGAGGGUGGGGCGGGAAGAGAAGGCUGGGCAGGAGCCAUUAG